CGCCUUCGGUCACCGAUGUCUAUGGCUGGCCUGCGACUUGUAUUCCAUAGCCUCUGUUUUUAAUUACCCGCGUAGUUUCGUAGCUCAGCUCAACUAGCCAAUUUCUUGCUUCACGCAUCUCUGUCGUAUCGAGUAUACUACCAUGGCGGACAACGACUCAGACUCGGACAUCGACGCUGAGACUCUACAGGCUCAGAUCGAUAUGUCGAUGGCAUAUGCUCAGGAUAUUGUCUCUGGCUGGAUGAAAGCUUCUGGGACGUCUUCUAGUUCUGUGAAUGGGAGCGGGAGUGGGAGCGUUGCUUCUGGGAAGAAGAGGGAUGUAGAAAAGGAGUUGGAGGAGAUGAUGAAGAGACCGCCUAGGUUGGGUGUGGGUAUGACCGUCCCCGACUCCGCCGGACCUUCCGGGAAAGAAACUAGUCAGCUCAAGAACAAACUCAUGGGCAAGAAACGAAGAAGAGAUAACGAUGCAGAUUCGCAUGAAGUAAUCAUGAAUGGGACUACGAAAGGUGGGAAGAAGGAUGAGGAGAGUGACGAGGAAGAGAGUCGAGUGGGUGCGAUACGGAAGAAGGCGAAGGUGGAUCCGUUUGAGAGGAAAGUGAAGAAGAAGAAGAAGGGUGGUAAUGCAGGGGAGAGAGGUCAAAUGGUUAAUGGGGAGGAAGAGGGUGUUGGAAAGGCGAAGGAACGUGAUGGCAAGGGCGUGGUGACGUUGUUUGAGGUACCUUCGUUUGGGGCGGGUCAGAGCGAAAGUGGGACGGCAGAAGACAAGAUGGACGUGGAUGAGGACGAUAGCAACCAUAGGAGAGCUUCGGGGAGAGUAGGGACCGUCGUAGAAGCCAAUGGGACUGGCGAGGGCAAGAAGAGGAAGAAGAAACGGAAGAAGAAUCGUAUUGCUGAAGUUGGAGGCGAAGAGCAGAAUCCUGGGAGUGUGGCUCCCGCUACCACCAAAUCAUCUCACCCAGUCACGAGUUCUGUCUCCCCACGCAACGCUGAAAAAUCAGCAUCCCCACAUAAAUCGCCUCCAAAACCGUCCAAGCCAAGCGAGCCUGUACCACCAUCAACUACACUACCACCCGUGCUCUCCAAUUCUCCAACAGCCCCUGCACCUAUGCCGACGAGCAAAGCACAACCUGCCGCCACAUUGUCCAGCACGCCAACGGCCUCCUCGUCUGCGUCUGUAUUGAACCUCACUGGCCCUCCGCCAGAAACCCGAGAUUUUGCUGAUGGUAGCACCAAGAAAAAGAAAAAGCGGCAUAGGAAGAAGAAGAAACAGAAGGGUCUGGAUGGAGGGGUAGGUGGCGAGACGGCGGAUGUGGAGAUGGGGCAGCCUGAAGACGAAGGAGGUGGAAGCGACUGA